ACACUACUCGGUGGUCCACCAUGAAGACUGCUGCGUCGCUACCGCUGCUUCUCCUGGGACUGCUACUGCCCGCUGCACUCCACGCGGCGCCCACGGCCUCAGCGCGCAAAUACAAAAUAUGCGUUCCGGAGAUCGUGCUGAACGAAUGUAACAACCUGGCGAAGCAGGAUGGCGUUCAUCUGACUUGUGUACCCGCAAGGGACAGGCUGGAGUGCCUGGACAAGGUCCACACCCACAAGGCAGACUUCGUGCCCGUCGACCCUGAGGACAUGUACAUCGCCGCCAACAAUGGUGACAACCACUUCGCUGUCUUCAAGGAAAUUCGUACCAAGGAAGAACCUAACGAGGAGUUCCGAUACGAGGCCGUGGCCGUAAUCCACAAGAACCAGCCACUGAGGAGCGUGCAGGACCUGCGAGGACUCAAGUCCUGCCACACAGGGGUUGGCCGCAACGUCGGCUACAAGAUCCCGCUCACCAAGCUGAGCAACUUGCACGUGAUCGGCGCCAUGAACGACAAGUCGCUGACGGCGCGCGAGAACGAACUGCGGGAACUGUCCAACCUGUUCAGCAAGGCGUGCCUCGUGGGCAAGUGGUCUGCCGAUCCGGAACUCAACAAACGUCUCAAGAAGCAGUACUCCAAUCUGUGCGGCCUGUGCGAGCACCCGGACAUCUGCGACUACCCGGACUACUACUCCGGUUACGACGGCGCUCUGCGAUGCCUGUCCGACAACGGCGGCGAGGUGGCCUGGACGAAGGUGUACUACGUCAAGAAGCACUUUGGGAUCGAGAUCGGCGGCGAUCCGACAGUGGUGGUCAAUCAGACUGGCUACAACCCCAAUGACUACGCGUACUUCUGCCCAGACGGCACCAGGAAGCCCAUCCUGGGCAGGGCGUGCCGCUGGGCUGCCAGGCCGUGGCAGGGGUACCUCGCCAGUGACGACUUGCUCAAUGAGGUCCCACAGCUGAGACAACAGCUGAAGCUGGCCAACACGCUGGGCGAGCAACAGGACGCGACCUGGCUGAACAAGGUGCUGCUCAUCCUCAAGGACAAGACGGUCGCCGUGGACAACGCUCAGCCCAUCAGCCCGCAGGCGUACCUCAACAAAGCCAACUACUCGGACGUGAUCGGGCGCAACUUCGGGCCCGACGACCCCGUCAGGUUCUGCGUGACGUCCACGGCGGGGCUGGCCAAGUGCCGGUCGCUGAGCGCCGGCGCCUUCUCGCGGGACAUCCGGCCCAAGCUGGGCUGCGUCGCCAAGGGCAACGUGCGCGAGUGUCUGGCUGCCAUCCGCGAGGGCGAGGCCGACGUCAUCAGCCUGGACGGCGGCGAGGCCCUCACCGCUGUCAGGCAGUACGACCUGAAGCCGAUCCUGAGCGAGGUGUACGGCCCUCUGCAGGACGUGUACUACGCCGUGGCGGUCAUCAAGAAGAAUUCCAACUACCAGAGCUUCUCGGACCUUCGGGGCGCCAAGUCCUGCCACACCGGAAUCGGCCGCACUGCAGGCUGGGUGGUGCCGCUCUACACGCUGCUGCGCCUGGGUCUGGUGCAGCGCAACGAGUGCCCGGCAGCCAAGGCCGUCUCCGACUUCUUCUCGGGCGGCAGCUGCGCGCCCGGCGCCCUGCUCUCCGACAACAACCCGACCGGCCAGAACCCCAGCAAGCUGUGCGACCUCUGCGUCGGCAACGCCGCCAAGAACGACGUUUCUACCAAGUGCUACCCUGACGUCGGCGAGGACUACUUUGGCUAUACUGGGGCCUUCCGCUGCCUGGCAGCCGGCGCUGGAGACGUCGCCUUUGUGAAGCAUUCCACAGUCUUCAACAACACCGACGGACACAACUCGGAGGCGUGGGCCCGCGACCUCAAGUCCGGCGACUACGAGCUGCUGUGCCCCGACGGCGGCAGGAAGCCUCUGGACCAGUUCGAGUCCUGCAACCUGGCUGCGGUCCCGGGACACCUGGUGGUGACCAGUAAGACGAAGAACGAGCACCAGCUGGAGGCCAUCCGGCAGGCGCUGCUGGCCGCCGCCAACCUCUACUCCAGCAAGCCGGAACUCUUCCGCCUCUUCGGCCCGUACGAAGGCAAGCACGACCUGCUCUUCAAGGACUCUGCAACCGGCCUGAAACCAGUGUACGAAGAAUCUCAGGCGCUGCGCGACUACGAGCAGGUGCAGGCCACCACCCGGGCUUGCGAGUCUACAGCCGCCAAGAAGUCCUGAAGUCCUGAAGUCAACACGACGGGAAGCUUCAGCCCCUUCAGUUUGCGCGCGCCGGCGCUAGUCGCGUGCGCCUCUUUAGCAUAGUGAUUGCGCACAAGUCUGAUUUCUGUAUCUGUGAUAUCGAAACGCAUCGCAAGCACCAAUACAAUCGUGUCAUCUCUUCUCAUUAUGCGAAAUUCUCAUUGCUUCAUAUCUCACUGACUUAGAAUAAACACACCAAGCUGGAAAUAAAUGUUUCGUGCUACCAUGCUUGUAUUAAUAAACAAAAGAUACCACUA